GUGUGCGCUGCGUGUGUGUGAUGUGGCUCCCAGCACUGCUGGUAUACAUUGCUGUGUGUUCGUGGGCGUGCUUGAGAGUACUUGUGUACGCCUGCCGAUGGCGCACGCGCCGACGGUACGGCGUUGCCCCUGGUUCAACCACGGUUGGGUUUUUCCAUCCGUUUUGCGCCGGCGGAGGCGGAGGGGAGCGGGUCCUGUGGCGUGCGGUGCACACGCUUUCCCGCCUGUCCGACGACAUAGGGACACCUCUUCACGUGCUGAUCUACACCGGGGACGUUGACAUCAAGCCCGAAGACAUCCUCUCGAGAGUUGCGAGACACUUCGACAUAUCCGUCGACCCCGCCGCUCUCCCGGUAAGCUUCGUCUACCUUAGGAGGCGGCGGCUCUUGGAUGCGAGCUUGUACCCGGUGUUCACCAUGCUGGCGCAGAGCUUGGCGUCCAUGGUCCUCGCCGCCGAAGCCCUCUGUCGUGGAACCCCCGACUUGUUCAUCGACACGACCGGAUUCGCAUUCUCGUUUCCGGUUGCCUGGCUCGCUGGGUGCUCGGUUGCGGCAUACGUGCACUACCCGACGAUCAGUUCGGACAUGCUUUCGCGAGUGCGGGACCGGCGCCCCUCCCACAACAACAGCGCCUGGAUAGCCUCUAGCGUGGCCGUGUCGUGGGGUAAGCUCCUAUACUACCGCGCAUUCGCGUGCAUGUAUGGGGUCGCGGGCGGCUUCUUCGCGUCGAGAGUAUUGGUCAACUCGUCGUGGACAAAGGGGCACAUCGCUGCCCUUUGGAGGCACUCUCGCCCCCCCACCAUUGUAUUUCCUCCUUGCGACACUUCAGAGCUCGAGAACCUCCCGAUCAACAGCGAAGGCCGAGAACGCUAUGCCCUCUCGGUGGGACAGUUCAGGCCAGAGAAGAAUCACGGUCUGCAAGUCUGGGCUCUAGCAGCCCUCCGAACAAUCGGCAGAGUUCGUGGCGGCGAGUCACCUUGUUUUGAUGAUGUGCGGCUGGUGAUCUUGGGCGGUUGUCGCAAUGAUGGCGACCGAGCGGUGCUUGAGAGGACGCGAUCGCUGGCGGUCGAUCUCGGGGUGUCGGAUCGGGUGGAGUUUGUGGUGAACUGUAGCUUCGACGAGCUCAAGGCGUGGCUCGGGAGGGCCAGCGUGGGGCUGCACACGAUGUGGAACGAGCACUUCGGGAUCGGCGUGGUGGAGAUGAUGGCCGCGGGGGUGGUGACCAUCGCUCAUCGGUCGGGGGGACCCGCGGCGGAUAUUGUCGUCCCUCUGCCGGAUGGCCGCAUCACGGGGUUCCUGGCGGAGACUCCGCAGGAAUACGCCGAGGCCAUGGCGACGGUCUUCAGCGAGAACGGUCGGAUGCAGUCGACGGCCGCCAGAAGCAGCAGCAGGACAGGAGGUGAUCAAGUACCGGAAGGAGAGGGCGGCGAAGCUAAUCAAGGAAAAGGCCUGGUGUUCCAGCAGCAGGGCGAGGGUGGAGGAAGCAACAAUGCUCGUGACAGCGGCGGAAACGCGGAGCGACAGAAGCAAGCGGGGGAGGGUGGUGGCGAAGAAGGCGAAGACGAGGUGGGCAGGCAGGAAGAGCGACGGGGGCGUGUGUUUUUCAGCGAGGCUGUUCGCCUCGCUGGCAGGGAGUCGGCGCGGCGUUUUUCUAACCAAGUAUUCGAUCGCGCCUUCGCCGCGGAAUUCGUGGAGUUGUUGAAGAACGUGCGCCCCGGGCUUUCGGCCUUCGCUCCUGGAAGCAGCUCGAGAACCAAGCAAGACUAGGUUUGGGACCCAAAAGAAGUUGUGUUCGCUGCAUUCUUCGAACCUUUUGUGGUGCAAGAGUGCCGUUCUCAAGUUCUGUCAUAGGAUCCUUCCUCGUUGUACGUACGAGGGAAAAUGUGUGGGCGUGCAUGGGCUAACUCCGGAUAAGUUCAAAGCAGUCGCUGUUUCCCAAGACACGCACGUCUCACACCAUAUGUUUUCAGCAUGUUUCACAUGUGGUUCACAUGUGUGUUGCCAGGAAUUGCUGUCCGCACUCGCUUGGAAGCAGCACCUGGAUUCAAAAGAUGGCCACGCUUUGCCGGGUGAAAACGUCGGUGCUCAGCCACACAAGAGCAUCAUCGUGGUGCGUACCUUCCGGCAGCUAGAGUAAACUUUAUCUUCAUUUACGCUCAUCCCAUGUGACCAGAAUCCCAGCACGGGUUGGUUGAGUUCACACUUCUUCCCUCACGCACAAGCCGUCAUCCAUAGACACGGUCACCAUGGUACCAUGGUCGGUUGACAAAGCACAUCGUUCCUGACGUACUGAUUGCUAUAGCAGUGUUUGAGUUCAAUGCAGCCCGGCCUCGCGCGCGCCGGAACGACCCAAACAAAAUAAAAAUAAAUCCACAUCACAACAAUACGCCGCCGUCGUCACUCAUGGAGGUUAAUAACGUUCAAAAUCCGCAAGCAUUAACCCGGUCGAAAAAAAGUUGCGGUAGUUGUGUACGCUCAUCGAGGUGCGAAAAGAGUGACACAUGAGGAUCCACCCAUACAUAUACAUCAACACGUGACUCUGCUAUCCACCCAAAGCGGUCAGGAGAGAAACACGCAAGCCACUCAAUGAAAACAAGGCACAAGUACACAUAUCUAGGCAAGGCGCCGGAACCAUCAACAGGAGGCCUUGCCUUCCCAGCGCGAUCUUGCCGCUCCGCUGCCAAGAAGUGUCACGAAGUGUAUGUGAGACGUUUCCUCCGGGAACACCACGACGGAGCUUUUUCGAACAAACAGCUGUUGUAUCUCUACGAGACGAAAGAGCUCGAGACCUCUGACUCCACAAAACAACAAAAAGCUCUAACGUUUUGGAUCAAACUUUAUCACCCUUUGGCAGCUAUGAUUGAGCGAGCCCGCAACACAUUUGCGCUGUGAAAAUACACACUACACUGGUGCUCCGUCAUACAUUUGCGCCUGUUCGCAUCAGCCCCCCGCUUGCUUGAGAGGCCCGAGAGACAUGUACGCUGUAUAAACUCUACGCGAAAUUCAGGCUUUCAGAAAUUGAUCCCACAGGUGCAACCGCAACAGCAAGGCAUGAAACAGACGAUACACAAAGAUAGCAGACGAUGUACAAAAACCAGGUACCAAAACAACUUCAACGGCUGACUGACCCGGCGAUACCAACACGAGGAGUUGCUGCUGAGCUACCCGGCUGGACUAUCCAACCCCCCAUAUAACACUCUACUACACCUACCCUUGAUGCAAAAAGUUAGUCUACCCCAACCGUAGCAUUCUCUUGAUGUCAUCCUCCGCCUUCUUGGCAGAGCUCCGGCUGCUGCUCUCUGCCCCCCUAGUCCUUGGAGCUCUCUCUGACGGUGGGGGUGGGGUGCUCCAGCCCCCGCCAGAAGUGGGUCCAUCGUGUCCCUCAACACCCGUAUCCCGCUGCUGCUGCUGCUGCUGCUCCUGCUCCGUGGUAUCUCGCCAGCUUAGAGAAGUUCCCACUCCAGGCCCCGCGCAUUCUUCCCCCGAAGGCGAGGAGUCUAGAUUGAAAUGCUGGAGCGACGGGAUGGGGAUGCUCUUGGGGUCUGGAGAGUUUUGAAAGGCGGACCAAGCGUACUUUGGUGAUGCCGCCGGCGCCGCCCCUCCUCCUCUCCCGCCACCACCGCCACCGCCUCCCCGACCCUUCCCCUUUUUCGCUUCCCGCCCACCGUGCUGCGGCGUUCGCACUCCCCUGCCUCUCCCCUCUCGACCUCCGUUCGCCUCCCGCCCACCGUGCUGUGGAGUUCGGCCUCCUCUGCCUCUACCCUCUCGGUUGCCACGACCUUUGCCCUGACCGACGCUCUUGCUUCGGGCCCUGCUUACGUGUGGCUUACUGCUGUUCUCGGAUGCUGGUGGCGGUGGUGGUGGUGGUGCUCUCGGAGGAGGUGUUGCUGGGGCCAACGGCGUCUGCUGCUGCGGAGGCGGCGGCGGCGCAGGUGCGGCCAGAGAGCUGCUCUCAGGUCCGUUGUUGUUGUCGUUGUCACCUCCGAUCGCUAGGAAGUUCUUGAGAAACCGCUCCUGCUCCACCGCGACGUUGCUUCUUCGUGGGAUUGACGGUGGUGGUGAAGGCGAGGCCAUUCCCUGGUGUUGGAGUUGUCGUUGUUGGUAUUGGUUCUCCAGCCGCUGUGGUACGUGCUGCGGGUGCUGCUGCUGCUGCUGAUGUUGAAUUGCUGCCUCUGCUGGCUGGAGCAUCCGGAGAAGGUUUGCGCCGGACGAGCGCGCGGGCGUGGUCGCCGUGGCACCGGGGCGAGGAAGGAGGUCGGCCGAGCGGUCAAAAUGAGGAGAGGCGUCAGGGUAUUGGUGCUCUCCGGCCGCGGCACUUCGUACGUCCGUUGCCGGCAAGGGGUAACCGAGAGGAGCCGACGACUUGGGCGUGUCGUCGAAUUGAUGUUGCGGGGCAUCGGCGCGAGCCACAUCGGGCGCCGGCUGGGCGGCCUGCAGCGUCCUUGGCGGAUUCUUCCCUUGGUCCUCCCGAUUGUCCAUCGUUGUUUACUCUCCUUGUCACCCGCUGAUUGUGCGUGUCAACUCUCCUGCUGCUCCGUGCUGCUGACAUUGCUGUUGUGAGCACAGCAGGCAGGGCUGCAGGUCCGGUUUAGCCGCGUUCGUGGGCACGCAGGGUACACCGGUAUCUGUCUGCGGAGCCCCCUCUGCAGGACUCCAAGUCGUCUCCGUCUCUGGACGCAGCGCUAGUUACGCUGCGUGUUAUUGCACAACUAGGUCGCAAUGCCGCCCAAGAACCGUGAGUCGAAACCUCUACUUCUUGAGAACCAGACCCACAAGCGUCGAGAUCGUGCGCAAGAGCUACGCUCCGCGAGAAGGCAGGGCGUCUUGGCAAAGCGACGUAAGUUCGAUUCGUCAACAGCAGCAGCACCAGCAGCAGCAGCUCAUCAAUCCACAACAGCAGCAGCAGGCGUAGCAGGCGGUGUCUCUGCCCAGGAGCAGCAGGAGGAGCCAUGGUCGAGAGAGCGCUUGGAGUCGGCCAUCCGGGGCGUCAGGGAACGCCCCGUGUCUCAGGUUUUGCCGUUUCUUGUGGAGCUGCGGAAGCUGCUGUCGCUGGAGGAUCCUCCAGUUGAGGAGGUGGUCGAAGGCGGGGGGCUGGCGCCGAGGCUGAUUGAGCUCCUCUCAACGCCUCACGACGAGGUUCAGCUAGAGACCACGUGCAGCACUCGGUCGUGGCGCCCAUCCGCGGGAGGGAGCCUGUUCGGCGUGUGAUAUUCGACAGGUCGAUAUGUCGGAGCCCCCCGUUGCUCCGACUAUUGUAUCAUACGGAGCGGGAUUUCAGACGUCCUGCUGUACCUCCCUCCGUCUUGUUCUUGAUCCAGAUUGGUUUUAGGCCAGUU